GCAUAGGAGAGCAGUGAGGCAGCCUGUGGUACCUUUUUUGCUUGGAGAAGCAGUGAGUCGGUGAAAUUUGUAGCAGCACAGGCAUAAGGUGGCAGUGAGAGCUGCUUUGUUUACAUCAGUACCUAAAGGUCAGUGUCUAGCGGCGGCUGCAGAGAAAAGAGCAGUCCAUGAUAACUGCCUGCAUUGAGCACAAAGGAAGAGGCAGAAUUCCUACGUCCUUCAUUGGCCUAAAGUAAAUCACUGAAGCAGAUUAAUACAGACUGGUGGCCCCCUUUUUUUUUUUUUUUUUUUUGUACAAAGGCUGCCUGUAAAGAGAAUGCAGUGUUAUUUAAUGAGCUGUGAAAUGAGACCUUGCUGCUAAUAGUCAGAGGAGAAAGGAUUCUUCAUCCAUUCAUCGGGCUUGAUGUACAUGUUUCUAUUCCGUACUCUGAGGAGAGUCUACCACGGAAUCCAAAACGGCAGCUGGGGAAAAUCCAUCAAACAUGCCUACAGAAACACUACAGACAGAUAGCAUGGUCAAACCUGCCAGCCCAGCAAGCACCUUUACCUCAGCAGUACCUCUCCGGAUACUGAACAAAGGGCCAGACUAUUUCCGUAGGCAGGCAGAACCGAACCCUAAAAGACUCAGUGCAGUAGAGAGACUGGAAGCAGACAAAGCUAAAUAUGUGAAGAGUCAAGAGGUGAUAAAUGCAAAGCAAGAGCCUGUGAAGCCAGCAGUAACGGCAAAACCACCAGUCGGCUCAGUUAUCAAACGGGCAGGGAGCAGUCCGGCAUUAAAGGCAACAAACAACAACUCUAAGACAGACAGUAGUGUAAAAAGAGAAAACUUGAACCUGGAAAUUCUGAAAAAUAUAAUUAACAGUUCAGAGGGCUCUUCCUCAGGGACAGUGCAUAAACACAGUGCCAGAAGCUGGGCUCCCCACAGGUCAGAAUCUACAGAGCUGAACAGACGGUCUUUUGCAGAGUCGCUUAAGGUGUUCCCUACUCAAAGCCACUCAAGUCCCCAAGGAAGUAAUUUAAAUAUUAGCAAACGUCUUUUUGAAGAGCAGUCAAGUGAGUCAUCACUACAUGUAUCUUAUAGCUCAUCAGACAUUAGAAGGGUAUGCAAUGGCAAGCCAUCAAAAGCUAUGCCUAGUAGUAGUUUGGCCCCACCUCUACCACCUAAACCCAGCGUUACAGCUUGCAAUACACUGAAAUCAUCUGGGACUGACACAUUAGAGCCUGAUAAUGGAGUGAGCAGGAGGCCCUCUGUGCAUAGAUCAAAGUCUGAUCUAAGUGACCGAUAUGCACGAGCCAGUGCAGAUGUUGAACGUUUUUUUAACUACUGUGGACUGGAUCCUGAAGAACUUGAAAACUUUGGAGUGGAGAAUUUCACCCGGGCAAACUCUGAUAUAAUCUCUCUCAACUUUCGCAGUGCAAGCAUGAUUAGUUCUGACUGUGAUCAGUCGCGGCACAGCAAUGACAACCUGACUGAUGAUGAAGAUGCCAAUGAGCGAGUGCCAUAUGGCAUCUCUGCUGUCGAAAGGAAUGCCAGAGUCAUCAAAUGGCUAUAUAGCAUCAAGCAAGCUCGAGAAUCUCAGAAAGUGUCUCAUGUGUGAGAAAGGAAGGACCCACCACUUUUUUUUUUAACACUUGUAUUUAGUCUAUAAAUCUUAUAUUUGUGAAAGGGUGAGAAGUCUAUUUUCUGCACACUUAAUUGCUUUGUGUUAUAUGUGCAAUGCAUACAGAAAUUGCAUGCUUGUCAACAUGUGAACUAACUUGACCUCCACUUAUAGAAAAAAUAAAUACAUAACUAUACUAUGAAGACGGCUGCAGGCCUAUGCACUCUGUCCUAGAUAUGCUUAUAUCAAUCAGAAACCUUAAGACUUAGGGUUACGCGUUGAGCUAUUUUGCACAACAGGCACAGCUACACAGCCAUAUCAGCAUGAGUGCAUAGAUUCAAAUGAGCUAGAAUGCAUAGGUGAAUUACUGAUGCGUAAUGACAGUCAGAAUGUAUAUAAUGACGUGGCUGUAGAAGCAUGUUACAGUCCUUGCAAGUACAGUAGUAAACUCAAGAACAUGUGACUUUCUCAUAAAUCUACCCAGUGUUGCAAACCAUGUGUUACAUAUUGUUAUUUAAAUCAUCAGCAUUCUGUCUUUUAUAUGGCUUUGUCUUCUACUGUUCUGACCGACAGCUGCAUUGUGGUGCAGUGGAAUGGAAUGGAAGUCCAGGGAGUGACUUCAUUUUUCUGUAGUAUUUGACAGAACUGCAUUAUGUAACACGGACAGGAAACCUUUUUUUUUUUUUUUUUUUUUAUGAUGUAAAUUCUGUAAGGAUUGUAAAGUUGUUAUCAAAUCUGUAACGAUAACUGUCAGGCUAAUAAAUAGAUCUUGGCUCAUUUAUUCUUUUUCUUUUAUUAUAUUGCAGGGUUUUUUUUUUUCUUUUAUUGAUAUCAAAUUUGAAAUCUUCAUUUAACAUCAGCCAGGAAUCCUGGUGGAGUGAGGGUCUGAACUGUUAACAUACGGUGUGGAAUGAUGGUAUAUCAUCUUGUAAAUGCACAUUAUUGCUAGGGCAACCACAUUGUGAUAAACAGGCAGAAGUUCAAGGAUCUUAUUUUAGAUUAAGGAUCUUGUUUUAGAAGCCAUUGGCUUCAGAGAGAAAUCUGUUGUUGAAAGUGUGAACGGCACACUUUACUGAAGUGUGUUUUUUUUUUUUAUUUUGAUGUACUAAUAAUAAAUCACCAGUGGAGUGCUGAUGACUUGUGUGAGAGGUCGUAUUGUACUUCACUGUAGCACGUCUCAACCUUUUGGUGUGCAAGAUUCUAUUGUUUAGAGUAGAAGCUUCAAAUAACCAGGGAUGUUGUUUUUAUUUUAUUUUUUUUUUACAAUCUCAUACGUAUCUGGGUUUUAAUUACAGUAUAUGUCAUUUAACGUUUUUCCCCAUAAUAAGUGCCCAUUUCAGGUUGUGACAGCUGUCCUGAUUUAAGAUGCUGUUUGCUGUGUUUAAAUCCAGAGAUACGGUAUGUAAUCCCAGAAAAUGCUUUGUUUACAUAUUUGUGUCACAAAAAAACCCACUCACAGGGAUUAUGUGCAGAAUGAUGCUUGCUAUCUAUAUUCUUAAACUGAGAUAAAGUAAAUCAUUGCUGCUAGUAGCUGAAGGGAAAUAAAUACAGGCAUGGAAUAGACCUGGUUCAAUUUAAAACUGGCUCGUUAGUAUUGGAGCACAAGUAGGGCAC